AUGUGCAGAUAUUCUAACACUUUUAAAUAUUACAUUUUGCUGCUCUCAGUAAGUAGCAGUUGGGCUAAUAUGAUGGAUGAUGAAGUACAGGUACAAAUUCUAAAACUUGAAGAACUGAUCAGCCAAAACAAUAAGCAAUUGCUUAGGCUGGAAGCCAACACCGAUUUUAAAAUAUCUGGGCACAUUGAAGCAACAGAGCUGUGUUGCGAGACUCAUGUCAGGGAGAAGGAGACCCAGUUGGCUGCUUGCCGGGCACAGGCCAAAACGGCUGCAGACGAGCUCAAGGAAAUUGAAGAUCACUUUACAACACUGCUGCAGAAUUUGACCAGCUGUAGAAUUAGUUUAAUGGCCAAGGACUAUCAAGAUCAAAUUCCGAGUGAAGUGGACCUUGAGGCUAAAAUAUCGGAGCUGAGUUUACAGCUCAAAUUAAAAGAUGCAACAAUUUUGGAAUUACAAACCCUGACUAAUGAGCAUUUGUUAAAGCUGCAGGCGGCACACAGCAAGCUCAAGGCUUACGAUGAUGAAUUGGAAGAAUUUCAGCCGCGUAGCUGUUUACCCUUUGGCAGCACCACCGGCAUCUAUAGGAUCAAGCUGCCUGGCCUGGAUUCCUUCUAUGUGCCCUGCGACGCGCGUUUCGCUGGCUCCGGCUGGUUGGUCAUCCAACGCCGCAUGGACGGCAGCGUAAAUUUCUUUCGCAACUGGAGCGACUAUCAAGUGGGUUUUGGUGCACUUAAUGGCGAGUUCUUUAUUGGAUUAGAGAAGCUGCAUCGCUUGACCGCACUGCAGCCCUAUGAGCUCUAUGUGCAUCUGGAGGACUUCGAGGGCGAGAUACGCUAUGCACAUUAUGACAACUUCAGCAUAGGCAGCGAGAAAACCUUCUACGAGCUCAGCUCGCUGGGCAGAUACACUGGCAACGCUGGCAACUCGAUGGGCUUGAAUGUCCUGCAGAAGUUCUCAACACUGGACAGCGAUAACGAUAGCUGGCUGGAAGGCAGCUGUGCGCGCCGAUAUCACAGCGCCUGGUGGUAUGCAGCCUGUGCAGCCUUUUGCAAUCCCAAUGGCAAGUACUAUAAGCGGCGGCAGCUGAGCACCAGCUCACGUGGCAAGGGAAUCAUUUGGCAACACUGGCACGGCUUCGAAGAGACACUCAAAUUUAUACAGCUCAUGAUACGACCCAUAUCAGCAGCAAAUUAUUGAGAAUCAAAUGUUUAAUACUAUUUAAAAAAAAACUGAGAAAAUUUUAUAAAUACAAAAAAUCAGACGACUGUCUGAAAAUAUAUAACAAUUUGAUACUCAAUAAUAAAAUAUGUGUUCAUACACAGUCAGGGACAAAAGUAUAGGUCAACU